AUGGGGUAUGACGCGCCAGAUUGCCAAGCGCUGGGACGAUCCGGCGGCGGCGACGCGAAGCGCAUGACGUGCGUCUAUGCCAUGGGAUACGGGGACGACUCUACGACGGUGGGAGACUUCAUCAAGGAGAUGAUGACCUUCGCGGGCGGCGUCCAGAUUGCUACUCUCGGCUACAACGCCACGAGCUUCUCCUACUGUCUCCUUGACUUCUUGUCAAGCCCCGGCUCCCACUCCUCCACCCUCACCUUCGGUGCCGGCGCCGUGGAGAUGUCCCCGCCAGCGUCCUUCACCCCCAUGGUAUGGAACCCGAACAUGGGCACAUUCUACUACGUGCGGCUUAUCGGCGUCAGUGUGGGUGGCACGCGCAUGCCGGGUGUGACUGAGCGUGACCUCCAGCUAGACCCAUACACGGGUCACUGCGGCGUCAUCCUAGACUUUGGCAUCACCGUGACGCGGCUUGCCCUCCCAGUGUACAUCGUAAUCCUUGACGCCUUCCGCACCGCGGCAACCGAUCUCGGCCAGGGACGGUGA